CCUCACAAAUCGCUACCAUGCGGAAUCUUAAAAUUGUGGCGAGGUCGCUGCUGCGAUUCUCUGGGGAAAAUCCGUUACCCCUCACUGCCACAGCUUGGGACGCCACAUCGAAUGCGCUCAUUUGCGCGUUUGGACCUUCCGAAUCACGUGCAGCCAUCGAACUCAAACGACUACAUUACACUCGCAACGGCGCUGAAGAUCGACUUGAAAGCAUUGCUGCGUGGGAUGCGCCGUGUCCACUACCAUCGCUUACCCAUGACUCGGUAUUGAGCCUUCACCAUUUUGCGGAUACGGCGACAUCAUGUCUGAUUUUGGCCGGAGGAGACAUCAUUCUAAUCAAAGAGGACCCGAACGAAGAGCUAGUUGAGAUUGUUGGAUCAGUCGAUGCUGGGAUUUCGGCUGCAGCCUGGUCGCCAGACGAGGAACUCCUCGCCAUCACAACACAAGCCGACACACUCCUAUUGAUGAGCCGCGAAAUCGAGAAUAUCGCAAGCGUUACACUCACACCAGAAGAUGUCAACGUUUCGAGUCAUGUCUCUGUGGGAUGGGGGAAGAAGGAGACGCAGUUCAAGGGAAAGAGAGCAAGAGCACUGCAAGACCCUACCGUUCCAGAGACAGUUGACGAAGGAAUCCUGAGUCCAUUCGACGACCGCUCUGUGACUAUCAGCUGGCGAGGCGACGGAGCAUAUUUUGCAGUGAGCAAAGUUGAGCAAGAGCAACGCCGUAUGAUCCGAGUCUAUUCAAGAGAAGGGCAACUAGAUAGCGUCAGCGAACCAGUGGACGGUCUUGAAGGAGCUCUUAGCUGGAGACCAUCUGGUAAUCUGAUCGCUUCUAUCAAGCGUGCUAGCGAUAAACUCGAGGUGGUCUUCUUUGAACGAAAUGGGCUUCGUCACGGCCAAUUCGACUUGCGAUUUACCACAGAAGAACUUGACGCACUGGUCGCACCUCUCACGCUCAAGUGGAACAGCGAUUCCAACGUUCUGGCCGUGUCGUACUCAAACAGAGUGCAGCUAUGGACUAUGAGCAACUACCAUUACUAUCUGAAACAGGAGCUGGCCUUCCCGGAGACCGCUGCACAGACAGUCGUAUGCACAUGGCAUUCAGAGCGACCGCUAGCGAUAGCUCUGUCAACUCCAGGCGCACUUCAAAUACUUGAGUAUCUCUCAGCGACAGCAGCGGGUUCAGUCGCACCACCGAAUGAUUUCGGGAUGAUUGCGUCGAUUGAUGGAUUGGCUUUGAAACUCACGCCGCUGAGAAUAGCAAACGUUCCACCCCCCAUGUCACUGCACACUCUUGCGCUCGAGCAGAAGCCCAUUGACGUUGGGCUGUCCUCAUCAGGAACUCGACUUGCAGUCCUCUCAGAUAAAGACCUUGCCGUGUAUGCUCUCGACAUGCACAAACGACCUCUGCCUAAACCCGCUCUUCUCUGGCGAAGCGACGCAGUUCAAAACCACUCCCCACGGCAUGUCAAUUUUGUUGGGGAUGAGCAGAUCUACGUUCUCACAGACAGCUGGGACGAGGAUGAAAGCUGCCUUUGGAGGAGUGAAGGAGAGGAGUUGCUCCCGCAAGGACCUAUAGUUGAGGCAGAAAGUAUAUCCUCGCUGACGUUCAGUACGGAUUUCGAGAAUCUCUACACACAAUUUGCGAACGGCGCGUUGCAUCAAAUUAGCACGAGUGGGGCGUCGAGCGAUCUACCUCCUGAGACUUAUCUUGUUCACAAGUUCCCCUCAUUUGCUCCUGAAGUCAGAGUCAUUGUUCUCGAUGAACAGACGCUGGCUUUCGGCUUGACCAAGAGCGGUGUUUUGUUCGCAAACGACCGGAUUCUUGUCAGGAACUGCACAUCAUACCUAGUCACACCGGCUCAUCUCAUAUUCACGACAUCGCAGCAUUUAAUCAAGUUCGUGCAUCUCACCAGCGCAGGUGAACUCGAAGUACCCGCAGAUGAACCGCAGAAAGAUGAACGUUGUAGAAGCAUCGAGCGAGGUGCCAAGCUCGUCACCGUGAUGCCGACAACUUACUCGGUGGUACUCCAGAUGCCAAGAGGAAAUUUGGAAACCAUUUAUCCACGAGCACUUGUACUGGCCGCCAUCCGACGCAGUAUCGAGGCCGAACGAUACGAUGAGGCGUUCCUCGCGUGCCGAAACCAGCGUGUAGACAUGAACAUCAUUCAUGACCAUGAUCCUGAUCGUUUCAUGGCCAACGUUGAGAAAAUCUUGACACAAAUCAAGCGGAUAGAGCAUAUUGAUCUGCUUCUCUCGCAGCUUCGCAACGAGGACGUGUCAGAAACGAUGUACAAGGAAACACUCAAGGCGAAAGACCUGGUUACUAAGUCUAGGCUAUCACAGCAACAGAUCGAUACCAAAGUCAACUCUAUCUGCGACGCUUUCCUGGCGGUACUUGAGCAAUCUCAGUACAAGGAAAAUCACUUGCAAAACAUCAUCACAUCUCACGUUUGCAAGGUGCCACCAGCUUUGGAGGCCGGUCUUGACAUGAUUGGAAGGUUACAAUCUUCUCAUGAUCCGCUCACGGAGAAAGCUGCCGAGCACAUCUGCUUUCUUGCGGACGUCAACCAACUAUAUGACACUGCGCUAGGAUUGUACAAUCUAGACCUUGCCCUACUUAUUGCGCAACAGUCACAAAAGGAUCCUCGCGAAUAUCUCCCCCAUCUCCAGUCUCUCCAGGACUUGCCACAGCUUCGUCGCCAGUUCAAGAUCGAUGACCAGCUUAGCCGACGCGCAAAGGCUCUCAUACACCUCAAAGAUCUGCAGGCGUUUGACGAAGUUCAAGACUACGUCCAGAAACACGCUCUGUACCCUGAGGCCUUGAGCAUGUACCAGUACGAUGCAACUCAUCUGAAAGAGAUCAUGCGUCUCUAUGCAGACUACCUAAGCAAUAGCAACAAGCACAAAGAGGCGGCGCUAGCCUACGAAUACCUCAACGACCACGCCUCAGCCUGGCCAUGCUACCGCUCAGCCAAUCUCUGGCAAGAAGCGCUAUCCUCCGCCACUCUCGCCGGUGUAUCUACAGAGGAAAUCACUUCGAUCGCGUCCUCCCUAGCCGAAGGCCUGAUAGAAUCAAAAGACUUCCUCCCCGCCUCAACCAUCACCCUAGACUACCUCUCCGACCUCCCAACCGCCGCCCGCCUCCUCUGCAGAGGCAGCUACUUCGCCGAAGCGACCCGCAUCGUGACUCUCCGCCGGCACCCCGACCUCAUCACCUCGGUCAUCGACCCCGGCCUCAUCGAGCGCAGCGCAGACAUGACCGAGUUCCUCGCCGACAUGAAAUCCCAGCUCCUCGCCCAAGUGCCCCGGCUCCGCGACCUGCGCACAAAGAAAGCCGAAGACCCCAUGGCGUUUUACGAGGGUCUCGACGACGCCGCGGGCGUGAAUAUCCCCGAUAACAUCUCCCUCGCCCCCACGGACACUACCUCCGGUGGGACGUUCAUGACGCGCUACACUAACGCGACUGGCACGGUUAAUACAGCCACCACGCGCCGCACGAGCAAGAACAAACGCCGCGAGGAGCGCAAACGCGCCCGCGGUAAGAAGGGCACGGUGUACGAGGAGGAGUACCUCACGAAUUCCAUCGAGCGCCUCAUCGAGCGCAUAAACGGCAUGCAGGACGAGAUGCAGAGGCUGGUCGAGGGGCUGGUUAAGAGGGGUAUGCGCGAGCGGGCUGCGGCGGUGGAGACGGCGGUUGGUGAGGUGCUGGAGGGGUGUCGGAAGGCGGUCGCGGAGAUGUAUACGCCGCUUUCUGCUACGCCGACUGAGGGGGUGGAUGCUGCGGGAGGAGGUGAGGGGGAUGGAGAGUUGAGGCCGAGGGGUGGGGAUGCGACGCUUUGGGAUAGUGUGCAGGAGGUGGGGAGGAGGAGGGAGGCGCCUGUUGUUAGGGCGUUUGAGAGGCUGAGUCUGUUGGGCUAG